ACCUAUUUUCCCUAUAAAGCCCGAUAUCUGUCUUGCAAUUAAGUUCUUCCAUCUCCCAUUUAUCCAAUCAUCAGGAGGCUAUUUUCUGUCGGGAGUCUGAUGAUACAUCUUGCGCUGGUCCCUAGUCGCCGCACCAUCACUCGAGUCCACAACGGGCUUAGCCACCGCAUCUUGCCAAAUGUCGGAUUCUCCUCGACCGACUCCUACUCUUGUCAUCAGCGACCUCCCUCCAACAACGCUUGUCGGCAUCGACCUCUUCUCAUUCAACUCUACCCCGAACUUCUACGGAGUGAAGGACCUACCUCCAGGCGCACACUUUCUAUACACAGGUACAACGGAAAGUUUCUCACUUAGAAGCGGUGAAUGGUUCUAUGUCGGAGACAAUGGCAGUCCAAACCAGCUCGCCCGCCAAAGUCAUAUCGAUAUAAGAUUGCGAAAAUGGGACAAGGCGCUGGAGGCGGUCGUUCCUGUUGAUGAAAAUAGUGAUGCUGGGAGACAAGAGGCGAUGCGGCAAAGAGCCAAUCUGGGGAGGAUUUGGGCUUCUGGAGGCUUCCUAGCCUACCAAUCGCAAUUGAAUGCGAGGCCGACGACGACUGUUGGAGAUGGCGCGAAUACGAUAAGCUAUCAACAUGAGCGUGCCCCUUCUCGAGGCGAUUGGCAGAGACUCUCAAGUUCCAUAUCGCCAUCGGUCCUAGACCGCAUCUUGGGCCAGUCUGACUCUCUUGACCAACGUUGGACAAUUACAUCCGGAAGCUCUGCAGCGAGGGAUAUAGACUAUAUCCCUGGGCUACCGACCACGGAUAUGGCGAAUUCAAUGGGGGUUGCUGGAGAGCGGGAGAAAGAAUUACGGUUUAUCCCUGUUGAUUUGAAGAAAACUUGGCGAGAGGGUGCUAUAGGCCGCGAGCGGACGGAGGCUGCGCAGGACCGUUCGUGGGCUCUAGGCGAUCUAAUCAAGCAUGGUAUCCCGGCCCCCAAGCUAUCCGACGUCGAUAGUGAUGCAGCAGGGGAGGAGCAGGUGCUGGGUGAACUACAAUUUACCUUCUUGAUGGUGCUUACCCUGAUGAAUUUCUCAAGUUUAGAACAGUGGAAACGGCUUCUGGGUCUAAUACUCACUUGCAAAAGCGCAAUGAAGGAGCGAGAAGACUUUUUCGUCAAGGUUUUACAACUGCUCAGGCUUCAACUGUGCCAUUUCGAAGAUGUCGAAGGGGGGCUGUUCGAAAUGGAUGGAGAUGAUGGUGGAAAUUACCUCAAGAGUCUCCUCAUUAAAUUCAAAAAGUCCGUUGAUGAAUCCGAGGCCUCUGGAGAAAUGAGGGUUAAGAAGGAGUUCGCGCGUUUGGAGAACUGGGUUAAAAGCAAAUACGGCUGGGAGCUAUCAAGACGUUCCAUAGUACGGCGAGGUAUGCUGGAACUGGAAGAUGGAGAGCAGGUAGAGAUGGAGCUCAGCGGUGCUGAAGAAGAGGACGAAACUGGCGAAUAUGCACCAGUUAUCGUCGACCUUGAGGAGCCGGUCCUUGCAGAACACCCAGGAGAAGACAUAGAUAUGACAGACACGCCGUCACAGUGAAGAUUCCGGCAAAGGGUUUUCCAUGGUCAACCAUCGCUUUACCAUGCAUCUCUGGCUAGACGUAUGGUGUCAAAAGAAGGCGUGGGAAACACAUUCUAGCGUCGCCAUUACUUUCAAAUUACGCGCA